AUGGCGACGAGGCUAUGAUGUCAUGCCGUGUUAGUUAUGGUAUUUGCAUUGAGUUAACCCCUGUGGUUGUUGCAGAACAUUGUACUUAUUAUUUCACUGUUGUAUUUCAGCCACGCAAAAUUGAAGAAAUAAAAGAUUUCCUGCUUACAGCAAGGAGGAAGGAUGCCAAGUGUAUGUAUUACAUUGUUGCACACAAGCUCUGCUCUUCUGACACCUUUUCUGACAAUUGACUUCAGUAUUGUGCACAAGUCUGUACACUCAGUAUGUGGAGUUUAACGCUUAUGUCUAUCAUAUCUGUAUCCACAUAGGAUUUUGUCUGGAAACUCCCAACUGCGAUCCAGUGUUGAAUGUUUAGGUUACUUUAUUGUUUAUUGUCCCACAGCUGUAAAGAUCAAGAAGAACAAGGACAAUGUCAAGUUCAAGGUGCGUUGCAGCCGAUACCUGUACACCCUCGUCAUCACAGACAAGGAGAAGGCCGAGAAGCUGAAGCAGUCCCUGCCCCCU